AUGUCCAACUCAAGUGAGAAUCCUGAGGCUGCCUUGGAUACCAUCUUACCGCCGCCCAUGUCCAGCUCCAGUGAGAAUACUCAGGUUCCCAGUGCACCCUCACAGUCCUCACAACCGGGCACUCCCUCAAGUGAGAACUGUUUGGACAAAUUCCCACCCCUGUGGGAACCCCCAAAAUCCUUUAUUUUGCGUCAUAUCUUCAAGAUGUGCUGCUUCAUAUUCACUUGGCGCAGCGAUCUGCGCUGGUUGCAUGCCCUCUUGAAGGAAGGAGAUAACUGGGAAAUUUUGCAUGGUCGAUAUCUGACCCAGCUCAAUCAAGUGAGCACAGUGCAAGGACUCGUGCUUGCCACUGUGGCAGUUUUUAUCUCCUCAAGUCCACCACUUGCGAAAGAUGUCAAUUACACAUCUAAUGCAUCCUACGCUUGUUUGGCGGAGUCACUUGUCUUUUCGUUGUUUGGGCUAUUGUUCCAGCUGAAGGUAUCCGCCGCUGGAAUUAUUUUUCAACAACGUAGUGCUGCAAAAGUCAUAAUGGAGGCGCGCUGGAGAAUAUUCUGGCACCUUCUGAGUUUGACAGUGCCAAUCAUUAUCUUUACCAUAUCAGUGAUACUUUUACUCAUAGCCAUCGUGCUCACGGGGUUCGCGUCUGGCUCCGAAACUGUCCGGCUUUAUGUGAGCAUAACAUUCGCUUUCCUUGCUAUUUGUCAUUUGGUGUCGAUUCUGGGUUCGCCAUUCUACUACCAUUUUUCGGACCUAUGCUUCCGUGUUAUUCAAGAGUGGCGAAAGACCUAA